UGCGCUUGGUCUUUUGUGCAGAGCAGAAGAGAAGAGUGGAGUCCGAUCGAACAGCGGCGUCUCUUCCCUCUUCCCCGGAUCCUCUCAAAACUCCCUCCCGAACCUCUCCCCCUUCCACCCUUGUCACCCUACCCACCCCCUGAACACACCUCGACGGACGGUUCGGACGCUCAACCAGUGACCAAAGACCCACUUUGCUGACCAGUGUUUACUGCGUGGACUUAGCUGCAGCGAUGGACACCAGUCUAGUUGAAGGAGGACUUAAUGUCACCUUAACCAUCAGGUUACUCAUGCACGGAAAGGAGGUUGGAAGCAUCAUUGGCAAGAAAGGAGAGUCAGUGAAGAAGAUGAGAGAGGAGAGUGGUGCUCGUAUCAACAUCUCAGAGGGAAACUGUCCAGAGAGGAUCAUAACCCUCGCUGGACCCACCACCUCCAUCUUUAAAGCCUUCUCCAUGAUCAUACAGAAACUGGAGGAGGACAUCAGCACCUCAAUGACUAACAGUACGGCCACCAGCAAACCGCCAGUCACCAUGCGCCUCGUCGUUCCUGCCAGUCAGUGCGGCUCGCUCAUUGGCAAGGGAGGCUGCAAGAUCAAAGAAAUCAGAGAGUCGGCAGGAGCUCAGGUACAAGUAGCAGGGGACAUGUUGCCCAACUCCACAGAGCGUGCCAUCACUGUUGCAGGGACCCCACAGUCCAUCAUCGAGUGUGUCAAGCAGAUCUGCGUCGUCAUGCUCGAGUCUCCACCAAAAGGAGUGACCAUCCCGUACAGACCCAAACCCUCAGGCUCUCCUGUCAUCUUUGCAGGUGGUCAGGCAUAUGCUGUCCAAGGACAGCACCCCAUUCCACAGCCUGAUGUAAGUGAAGGGCCCUCUCUCACCAAACUUCACCAGCUGGCCAUGCAGCAGAGCCCCUUCUCUGUGGCGCACGGCAACGAGGCCUUCCAGGCUGGGAUGGACGCUUGUGCACAAACCGGCUCUCAUGAGCUGACCAUUCCAAAUGAUCUCAUUGGCUGCAUCAUCGGCCGUCAGGGCGCAAAGAUCAAUGAGAUCCGUCAGAUGUCGGGGGCUCAGAUCAAGAUCGCCAACCCUGUGGAGGGUUCGACUGACAGACAGGUCACCAUCACGGGCUCCCACGCCAGCAUCGGCCUGGCCCAGUACCUGAUCAGUGCCCGGCUGUCUUCUGAAACUACUGGACUUGCAGCCAACUGACAUGGAGGAUUCUCAUCAGCACCUAAUGUAACCCCCCUCCCUACUUUUUACCAAGAGGUCCCUUAUUGAACUUAAUGCAAAAACCAAGUACUCACUGUUUUUGUCCUCUGCUUUGGUUAGACCACCUACUCGGUUGUAAUUGCACCAUCAUCAUGAUAUUGGUAUUUUAUUUAUUUAUUAUGUUUUUAAAUUCCCUUUGCAUAUAAUUUUUUAAAAUGACUUCCUUCUGUUGUAUUUUUUUCCUUACUAUUUUGCUGUAUAUCUGUAUGAUCUUCUUGAUAUACUGUAGGUAAAAAAAAAAAGUUUUAGAAAAAUCUGAAAAGGCAAAUGUUUUUUCUUAUGUCAGAUUUUUCUUAGAAAAUGUAAAAAUGAAGAAAAAAAAAAGAAUAACACUAUAGAUGGACUGUUCUCUCCCUUCCUUUUUUGAAUAUCUAUUUAUUUUUAUUUAAUACACGCCGCUCCUUGUACGAGUAGAAUCAUGGACAUCUGCCAGCUGUACUUCCAGAGCGAGUUGUUGUGGGUUUAACGGGUUUCACUGGGUGGAAAUAAUCUCCAGCUGAAGAUGUAUGCAGGAAAAUAAACAAAAAAGGAAAAAAAAAAAAAAAAGAAAAAAAAAGUGUCACAGUGGAAAGGUGAUUCAGCCCUAAUUUUGUGUGGGUUCAGAAGAGAUUUCUAAGCUACAUGAUGUCUCACCUUUUAAUUUACUGAGUAAUACUGUUAAGUGUCAUUCCUGUUUCCAUCCGUUUUCUUUCUCCGUCAGGACUUUUGAGCUCCGCUGAGAUGAGGGUGGGUGGGCCUCGGUAUCUGGGAGCGGGUCGAAAUGAGAGGAAAAUAUUUUCUUUUCUCUGAAAUUACUAAGACCACAGUGAUGAUGAUGGCGAUAACAUUGAAAUGUUUGUUUUAAAUAGAGAAAAUAUUUUUUUUAACUGCAGGGCUGGGGAAUGCUGCAAGGGGCAAAAACUACAAGACAUAUUGGUCUUUAUAAGUAUAUUAUGCUGAGGUAUUAAAUUAUGAUUAACUAGAAGGAGAACUAUAGAAUUAACACUAGUUUCCUGCUAUCCUUUUUUGCCUGGGUCAGAUUUUAUUUUUUAUUAUUCUUUGCAGGAUGAAGAAACUCACGUUUUGUGCACGUUUUCAAACUAUUGUAGAUCUGGGUGCAAUUAAAUUGUUGAAGAAAUGAAAUGCAGAAAUAAAAGAUGUGAAAUGCUUUA